AUGAUUGUCUCUAGAACUGCUUUCUUACUCCUUGCGACUGUCGCGACAGUCAGUGCAUUCUCACCUGCAUCACCGUCCACAACUUCUAUUGCGCAAAUGGUUCAAGAGAGCCAACGGUACAACCCUAGAACAACCCUCUCUGAAACAGCACUUGAUGACGAAGAAAUUAACGAUAUUGAUUCCCCCCCAGCUGACGACUACAUCGUUAAUGUUGGGGACUUGGAUGAAGACGAUGAAGAAGCUGGAAUUGAAGACGAUGGUGAGCCUCCAGCAUGGGCCGCAUCGCAGCAACGAAUGAACGAACUUCGAGAGAAGUACAGAAGACACGACAAGGAUACUGGAAGUCCAGAAUACCAAGUCGCGGGAAUGACAGAACGCAUCUCCUACUUGACUAAGCAUCUUCAGCAGCACCCAAAAGACUUCUCGACCCGCAGAGGUCUUGUGGCCCUUGUAAACAAGCGUCGCCGUUUGUUGAAUUAUCUUUCUGGGGAGGAUGAGAAGCGCUAUGUAGAGAUUGUCAGUUCACUAGGAAUCCGCCACAAGGCUCCCGGACGAGUUGAAUCUCGUGAAGAGAAAUACUCUCGAUUCCCAAAGCAGAAGGCAGUUAAGAAGCACAUUGUCAAGAAGAGAAACUAA